GUGUGUGUGUGAUGGUGCAUGCUCGGAUGCUUUGCAGCAUUUCAUUAUUUGUAUCCUCUCCAAGCGCGCGCACAGCAUCAGCGUCGGUGUCGGUGGUCUCGGACUUGAUCGGAAAUCCCUCUGCGCAUCGGACUGAAUGCAACACAAUGCGUUUGGGACGCGCGUGAUGCUGAUGGUGGUGGUGGUGAUAAUGAAGAUGAUAAUGAUGAUGAUGAUGGAGACCCGACGCGUGUUUCGGCUUCAUCCGUUCUGCAUUCAUCCAGUCCCACGCGGUGAUCCGAACACGUCCGAUGGAAUGAGAUGAUGAUCCGCGCGCAGCAAAACAACAACAACAACAACAACAACAACAACAUUAUCAUUAACCGGAUCAUUGAUAGCGCGCGCGGGAGACCCGUGAGUGGAUAAUUGGUUUGAUUGGAGCGCAGUUGGAAGCGCUGGAGCUCCGGAGAUCUCGGGAUGGUGGAGACGCUGAGCAUCGCUGUGAUCGGAGCCGCCGGCGUCGGCAAAACUUCCAUCAUCCGCCGAUUCGUCUACGACGACUUCUCUGAAGCGUACAACCCGACACGCGCGCGACGCGUCUACAGACCGUCUGCGGUCCUCAACGGCCACAUGUACGAGCUGAAGAUUUUGGAUGUACCGCCAAUCGCCGCGUUUCCUUCCAGUCCUGCACAGGAGUGGCUGGAUGCCCGCUGCAGAGGAGUUCGUAACGCCAGCGCCUACAUCCUGGUCUAUGACAUCUGCUGCAUCGAGAGCUUUGAAUAUGUCAAGAUGAUACGACAGCAGAUUGUAGAUAACAGAGAAGGCAGCAGUAGCAGCAGCAGUGAUGGUGGUGAUGUUCCCAUCCUGGUGGUUGGCAGUAAGAGGGAUCUGCAGAGGCAUCGUUUCGCUCAGCGCCGCAGCGUCUCCGUGUUGGUGAAGAAGACGUGGAAGUGCGGCUAUGUGGAGUGUUCGGCCAAGUUCAACUGGCAUGUUCUGCUGCUCUUCAAAGAGCUGCUGGGCAUCGCAGUGGCUCGAGGACUCCGUCACAACCAUGCCUCAAUACGCCUGCAGGGGGCGCUGCACAGCAACCGCUGCUUGGUCAUGUGACCCCUCACCCCAUCUGGGUUUCUCAUGUACACCACCAAGAGGAACUCAAUCAGUUCACACUGUCAGGUUCUCAUAUAAUGUUUAAUCCUGAUAGCGAGAAAGAGAGGGAGAGGAAGAGAUGAUUAGAGAUAGAGAGAGGAAGAGAAAGGAAGAGAGGAAGAGAGAGAAGAUAGUCUUCGUUUGCUCCGUUAUUUACAGGGAUCUUAAAUCACACACACACACACACACACACACACACACACACACACACACACACACAGACUUCUAUUGCAUGACCAUCUUUGGUCCAUGUUGCUUUGAUAACAUUAAUCUAAAAUGGCCUCCAAAAUGAAGCGUAGCAUCACUAAUAAACAAUAUCGUCUACAUCUUUUCCCUCGUAAAAAUAGUAGGGUCUAUGAAUAUGCAUGAAUAUGCAAAUACUGUGUGGACGGCACCCUUAUCGCCAGCAUUAGCCAGUAGCAUUUUAUUUGCAAGGCUAGCUAUUCUUUUACAAUCCCCACAUUAUUGUAUUCUUGUGCUAAUUUGCAUAUCAGAUCUGAUUAGUCCAAAGUUGAAGUGAAAUUUGCCCCACCUCCCAAUCAGUAUUAUACAAAAAUAAUUACAGCCAGUAGUGGCUCUGAAUUAGUGACAUCACAAUCGAAGCGUAAUCCUAGCCCCGCCCAAGACUCACGUUUAUACAUCAAUAUUUUAUGGAUUUUAGUGACAUCACAAACUCCAUCAUAGCCCCACCCACAAAUGAGCUUUGCACACACAUAUUGAGAAAGUUUAAUGGGAAUAAGUGUAAAAAAAAUGUCAACUUUAUGACAAAAGUUUCUGUCAUCCAUCCAGUAGCUUGUAUCUUUAAUCUGUGUUAAUGAUAUCACAAACUCACCCCUGAUUCAGUUUUUUACAGAAAUACACAAAAAUCUUUAUAAUAUACAAUUGGGACAUUUGAAUCAAUAAAUAUUAGGGUUUUUUAAGUUUUGUGUCUAAAUAAUAAUAUUUAAAAACCUUUAUGUUCAAAUGUUAGCAAUACAACCAGACUGCAUCUGAAUUACAGCCAGAUUACAACUAGAUUACAGACAAUAUACAGACUGUUUGCAGAUGGAUUACAGCCAGAUUACAGAUUAUAACCAAAUUACAGAUUACAGACUGUUUGCAGCUCAAUAACAUCUGUAUUGCAACCAGAUUACAGAUGGAUUACAGCCAGAUUACAGCCAUAUUGCAGCUGAAUUGCACAAAUGUAAUGUUUUAUACUCAUAAGAAAGGGUCGACAGAAACAUCUCUACUGUACUCAUAGGUCUUCCUUCAGAGUGUUAAUGAGAUCCAGUCAGGUGUAGCUCAAAUUCUGAGGUAAAACUGAUAACACACACACACACACACACAAACCAAGGAAGUUCCCUGAUGUUUGCUGUGGAUGUAGUGAACACCACUGAUGCUCCUCUUUAUAAACUGACCUUCUCAUCGAAAGAUCUCGAGAUCUGCAGCUGCGUGUUUUCAGCUUUUUUUUCUGCAUAAUUGUGAAGUCUGUAAUAAUCCAAGUCAUCAGCAUGAAGUUUAGGAAUCAGUGACUGUGGGCAUUUGAUUUUCUUACUGCAUGUCAACAAUAUCACAAAUAAGAAACUAUAAUCAUUGCAAUGUUUGGAAAUUUCACUGACAGGAACAACAACAGUGUGUGACAAACACUAAUGCUAGUUAAACUGAUGCUAGUUACACUGAGGCUAGUUAAACUGAUGCUAGUUAAACUAAGGCUAGCUACACUAAUGCUAGUUAAACUGAUGCUAACUACACUAAUGCUAGUUAAACUGAUGCUAGCUACACUGAGGCUAGUUAACUGAUACUAGUUAAACUAAGGCUAGCUACACCAAUGCUAGUUAAACUGAGGCUAGUUAAACUGAUGCUAGUUACAAUGCUAGCUUUCAUUUCAGUAGUUAUAAUGUCAGGUUUGCUCUGAGUCUGUGUUAGAAAUGGUAUAACUACACAAUACAAACUUCACUAUACAACACUUAUUAUACACUACAUUCUGUAGACUAUACAACAUACACUUUACACUACAUAGCAUUCACUAUACAACACACACUAUAGACUACAUGCUAUAAAUGACAUAUAACACACUAUACAAUACAGACUAUACACUAUACAAACCAGUAUCAGGUUGUGUAUUUCACCCCGAGGCCUUCAGUGAUGUUCUAUUGUUCAGGUAGAUAUCCACCUCCUAAUCCCAUCAUUAUACACCACAUCUCCAGAACCCAUCAGUAUUAUAGAGAAGUGCAGUAGAUCAGAGCUGCAUCUCACACAGGAUCUCAUACAGUCCCAAUGAGUUCAUCACUAAAGCAACAAACACAAUGAUCACAAUUCAACACGUCUCCUUUCACUGGAGCCACAACUCCACCUCCACAUACAUCAUCUCCAGCAGGAGCAUCCAUAUUCACCUCCUCACAUCACCCCAGGGUUUCCUGCGUUUCUGUGCAUUUCCUUUUUUUCUGGGGAUUCGAAAUGAAGACAAAUUGUGUGCAAAUUCUAGAGGAAAGAAAAUGCAGAAGUAUAACAUUUCAUGAAGAAGCAUAUCAACUGUUUUGGUGACCUUUUUCUCAUCAUGUCCAGCUCCAGUUUCUUAAAAACUCCAUCUUGUAAAUGUCCUUGUAAGUUUAUCUGAUAGGUCUGAAAUCUGAUUGGACAGAAACACAAAUGUAAACAUACUCAACUCAAACAGUGCAACUGAGAGAAAAACUGUAGAGACAUAUAACAUGUAUAUAUAAACACAUGACAUAUAUAUUCAAAUGUACAUUUUAACUUAAAAAUAAAUUAACAUUUUGACUUAAAUGUAAGUAUUCUG